AUGUUCAUUUCCUUAUUUGUCUUUGCUUCCUUGUAUGGUAUUGCUAACGGAGGUGCCGAAAAUAUAAAAGUUUGCUCCAUCUCUGUAACCGUUCAGCAAAAUCAACGAAAUAUUGUUGUAGUAAGACCUUCAGUGCCUGUUGAAAAUUGUCAAGAUCGCGAUACAGUAGCUUGCUUCGAAAUAUUCAAGCCCCAGGACAAUGAUCCUGGGAUGAUACUCGCACAAAACCUUAUGCCUAACACGAAUUAUCAAGUUCGAGAUAGAUGCCAGAUGGAACCAUUUAUAAUGUUGGCUCGACAAAUGUGUCCACGAAUGUGUGCGACAUGUUGCUUGACUAAAGAAUAUAAUUGCCAAAAUGUGACAACUUUAUCAUCUCCACCGACAACUUGCAGAGACGAAAGGCAGAACUGUGCCACGAUUAGAGCCACAAAUAACUGUGGCGGUAUGUUUCGAACAACAAUGAUGCAACAAUGUGCAAGAACGUGCGGCCUGCCUUUACAUGCAUUGGCUGCAGGAACAAAGAGAACGCAAAUAUCUAUUUCCUUAUCAUUUCCAUUAUUAAGAACGAAAGAAGCUAGCACGUAUUUCAUCCGUCGAAUAAUUUAUUCCCGAUCAUAA